AUGAGAGUGAAUGUUAACUUGAAUUCACAAGCAGCCAACCUUGACCUUUUUGUUGUUCCACAUGAUGGACCGGCUUUACUUGGAAGAGACUGGCUUGGAAAGCUACGACUCAACUGGCAAGAAAUCAAAACCUUGCGCUCAACUACAUGUGAAUCAACGUCACUGAAUGACCUUCUUGAGACACACAAGGAAUUGUUUUCACCCGGAAUCGGGACGCUCAAACACAUUAAAGGAUCAGUCACAGUGAAUUCUGAUGCCAAACCCGUGUUUCUCAAAGCAAGGACAGUUCCUUACUCUUUAAGAACCAAGGUUGAGCAAGAACUGGACAAGUUACAAACAGAUGGAAUCAUCGAACCGGUUGCUCAUAGCAACUGGGCUACUCCAAUUGUCCCAGCCAUUAAGAGAGAGAAAUCCUUCCAGGAUAUCAAGGAACUGAUUUGUUCUGACAAAGUUCUUUGUCAUUAUGACCCGAAACUUCCUCUGAAGUUAGCUGCUGAUGCUUCACCCUAUGGGAUAGGAUCGGUACUAUCUCAUGUCUUCCCAGAUGGAACGGAAAGACCAAUUGCAUUCUCAUCGAGAACACUGAACCAAGCAGAGAAAGCUUACUCUCAUAUCGACAAAGAGGCACUGGCUCUUUAUUGGGGAUAUCAAUACGAUAUAGAGUUUCGAGGAACCAAGGCACAUGGCAAUGCCGAUACACUGUCACGAGUACAACUACCUAGUAUUCGUGAACCACUGGAUGAUGAAGACCCGAUAGACUUGUUCUACAGCAGGAAGUUUGAUGACUUACAAAUUCGUAGAGAAACUCAACGUGAACCAGUUCUGAGUCAAAUCUUGGACUGUGUAACACGAGGGCACUUUCCUCAGGAUUGUGAUGACAAGCUUAAACCAUACUACAAUCGAAAAGAUGAACUCAAUGUUUACCAAGGAUGUGUCACAUGGGGAAAUCGUGUGAUCAUUCCAGAUAUUCUACGUGAAAAAGUGAUAACCGAGCUUCAUUCCGGACACAUAGGCAUUGUCAAAAUGAAGGCAGUAGCUAGGUCCUAUGUAUGGUGGCCUAAGAUUGACGAAGCUAUCGAGGAAAUCUGCAAGGCUUGCUAUGGAUGUAAGCGAGUCCAGAACGCACCCUCUGCAGCACCUGUUCACCCGUGGAAUUUUCUGCCGAAGGCAUGGCAUCGUUUGCACAUCGAUUUCGCAGGACCAUUUCACCACGCAAUGUUUCUCAUUAUAGUCGAUGCAUAUUCAAAAUGGCCAGAAGUUUUUGAAAUGAAAAGUACUACCAGUACUGCAACAAUCAACACUCUACGGACUUUAUUUAUAAAGCCAGGCAAGGUAUUCCAGCAGAAAUAG